UGAAGGUAUAUAAGCUUGUGAGAGUGGCUGAAGGGUUCACUGCAGUGAGCUGAUUCAUCUGAGCGAAUCCACUCUAGUCUUAGAGAUAACCCCAAGCUAAAAAAUGGCAUUCGCUGGUAUCCUGAGUGAGGCUGACGUCACUGCAGCCCUUGCCGCUUGCCAAGCUGCUGACUCUUUUGACUACAAAACCUUCUUUGGCAAGGUCGGUCUGAGCGGCAAGUCUUCUGACGAUGUCAAGAAGGCCUUCAAAGUCAUUGACCAGGACGAAAGUGGCUUCAUUGAGGAGGAAGAGCUGAAGCUGUUCCUGCAGAACUUCUCUCCCUCUGCCAGAGCUCUGACUGACGCUGAGACCAAGAAGUUUCUUGCAGCCGGUGACUCUGAUGGUGACGGCAAGAUCGGAAUCGAUGAGUUCGCUGCCUUGGUCGGUUCUAAGUAAAUAAUCUGACCAAUAUUUUACAUCACUACUCUAAAGGAACAACUUCACCAAGACAACAAAAACAAAAAAGCCAAGACAAAAAAAAACUUGAGCCCUCCUCUCUUCUUCUCUUCCCUUUCACUCUCUCUCUUUUCAUCUCUCCACACCACUUUUAUACACUUUAUUCACCCCUCCCGCUGACUGUAAACAAACUGCUCCCUCUCUCUCUUUCUCUGACCGUGCUCACCCCAUUGCUGUCCACGAUGAAUGUACCUGAUUAAGUGUAUAGUGUGGUUGAUUUGUGUCUUUCUCUCUCUCUCUCACUUCUGUCGUCGUUUUACUAUGUGAGUUUUGCUUAACGUGAGAUCAGAUGAUGCACUUUUAUGGGAAACGGACGGACGAUGAGAAAUCAAUAAAGGUUCUUUUUCAAUAA